AUGCCAGGGAAAGUCAUCUAUUGGAUUAUUGGAUCACAGUACACCCCCCUAGACCUAGGCUGUUGUUUCGCACCAGAUAUCCGGAAACUCGUGUAUGACGGGUCUCCUUCUCAGAACAUGUACACUUGGGACUGGAAGGGCGAGUUCCUAGACCUGGGUCAUGGCCUCUUCAAUGACAAGGAAGCACUAAAGACGCAUGGUUUUGCGGCCGACAUCUUCGCCCCAAGCUCGGCGCUCGGUGAGAUGGACGGCAAGAUUGAUGCAAUCUACGCUGCUAGCUCCCUCCACAUUUUCUCCUGGGACGACCAGAUGAAAAUAUGCGAGCGGAUCAUCAAGAUAUUAAAAGCACAAAAAGGCAGUGUAGUGUUUGGACGGCAAAUCGGCAAUGUAAAGGGACACGAGAUAGAAUACACAGCGCGAGCGGGGGCUAAAAUCUGGCUACAUAAUGCUGAUAGCUUGGGACGAAUGUGGGAUCACGUAGGAAAAGAGACUGGAACAGCUUGGAGAACGUGGGCGGAGCUGUACGAUGUGGACGGACGAUGGAACCAAGAUUUUAAGAGUUGA